AUGAGCCAGCACUCCUGCGCUCCGCCCACCGAAGAUGCCAGCUUAGCCGUCCGACCAGCCCGUCCUGGAAAGCCUGUCGGUGAUGUCCGCGCCAAAGCCCCUGCAUCGACCCUGGGCCGUGUCGUCGGCAGCCGAAUCACCCAUGCCUUUGUCGCCUCCGCCCUGCUUCACAUCAUCGCCCAGCGACUUGCCGUGCCCUGGGUCCAGGCUCGAGCCGCAAAAGCCCUGUCACCCGGCGACGCACUGUAUUUGGCCCAGAAGCUCCCCUCGACCGUCAAUGCCCUCGUCGUUGGGCUUUGUUCCUCGGCCGCCAUCGCGUCCGGUCUCCGAGACGGCACCCUGUUUUCCUCCACUUUUUACUCGGACAACCUCGACAGAGCCUUUGCCAACCAAGCCGGCUUCAUGCUCUACGACAUGUGUGUCAUGGCCCUGCAUGGUCGUGAAUCGGCCUCCGUCUGGAUCCACCAUGUCUUUGGCUUCCUGGGCACAUUCCUCAUUCGGAUCUACAAACAGGGGGCUGGCGUCCCAGGUGUGUUCGCCCCGUCGGAACUCACCGUCCUGGUCUCCAACCUGCUCUGGGCAGCCCGAAAGCUACCCGAUAGCUCCCUUGCCGCGGCAUCGGUCCAGGCCCGCCUGCUGCGUCUCCGGGCUCUCGUCUUCCUUCUUAUUCGGUUCCCCGUUGGCCCGUAUGUCAUUGCUCGCUUUGGGCGCUCGCUCUUGGACCCCAAGGCCCCCUUCUUCACCGACCGGCCCACUCGCCCGCUUCAUUCCGGUGCCAAGGAGAGCCAGCAAGACGAAAUCCUCGCUCCCCUAUCCAGUGUCGUUGUCUUUGGAUGCUUCUUCAACACGGCGGUGUUCACUCUCCUCAACACCAGCUGGACCAUUCAGGUUCUCCAGAGCCUCAUUCGGACCUCUCGCUCCGAAAAACCCAUCCAUCACAUCUAA